AGCCAAUAUCAGGUGGCUGCCACCAACCCUUUUGCCAACACGCCUUCUUCAUCCAUUCAUGAAGCCCUGGAUGUUGUUGACAACUUCCUAUCUUACACUUUGGACGAAGUCAUAGGGGCUUUUGACUCUGCCUGGCCUGAACAAUCCCUUGCUCUUUUGUCCAAGCUCGAGCUUCACAUCCCACUACCAGGUUUGAGCAUGGACCACAUGCUAUCUAUGCACACUGCUUCAGACACCAUCAAAUCCUGUCUUGGGGCUAUCGAGCAGGCUACAAAGUUGAAGGAUACCAUGCUCCACAAAGAAAAUGCUAGAGCCACCACUUCCACCUCCUUGCAAGGGAAAGUAUCACAAGGCAAGGCCAUGUCAAGUCAGGUUACCACCCUUGAAGCCAGGAAAAAUGCUCGCUCUUCUAGGAUAGCUGAGUUGGAGGCCGAACUCAGUAGGCUUCGUGCAGAGGAGGCACAAGAGCAAACCUAG